AAAAGGGAAUAAGCGGUAGGAAAUGGAUGGAUAUAUAGAUUUAUUUAUUAAAAGUAAAUUGAGCAGAUUGGCUAUUUCUGGCAAUUUAUUUAAGUGUGUAUCAAACUGGUAGCCCUUCGCAUUAAUCAGUACCCAAGAAGUAGCUCUUGGUUUCAAAAAGGUUGGUGACCCCUGCUAUGGAUGAACACUUUCAGCAAAAGUAAAGAACAAUACCUUGCAUGUGUACACUAGGUGCAAGUGUGUCGAAAUAAUCUGACCAUUCAGAGCUUGCCGUGUUUUUUUACUCUGAGUGGUGGAGAAGCUUCUCGUUCUGCAGCCAUCGUAGCAAAUAUGACGUAACCGGUUAAGUGAAGAAGAAGGUGUUGGUACGGCAAGAAGUCCACACCUUACAGGCGAAAGCCACUGCAAAGUCACAGUGGGUUUUGAUAUUCGUCCUGAAAGUAAACGAUUUAAACACCUGGGGAACAGCAUGACCACGACACGUCUGACCCAAAGCCACCGACGUUUUAGUUCGAAGUUUGCUGUCGCGGUUUCAUGACAUCACGCCAUUGCCGUUUAGGCGUGGGUCCGCAUGCUUUUAUUUUGAAACGAGCUAAAAAAAAAAAAAAAAAAGACAAACAUGUACUACUUCCGGAAGGUUGGAGCAAGCAGACGAAUCAGCGGCCAUCACGUAACGGUUCGGGAGGCGUUUACAGUCCUGGCUGUCAAACUACUGGCUCCACCGAACCGCCGUCCGCCUGUCUUCGACGCGGAGAGAUGCGUCUCUCGCGGGUGGACGAGGUGAGAGACAGCGGCGUCCGUAAAAAAAAAAAAAAAGUGUAAUCCAUCAUGAUUCCCGUCACAGAGUUCCGGUACUUGGCCGAAACGAAGCCGGGGUACCGUAUUCUGAAGCCAUGGUGGGAUGUUUUCAAUGACUACCUCUCCAUCGUCAUGCUGAUGAUCGCAGUGUUCGGCGGCACGCUGCAGAUCACGCAGGACAAGAUGAUCUGCCUGCCCUGUAAGAGGGCCGUCAACGAUGACAUCUGCGAGGCCAGGACCACCCCGAACACGUUAGAGCUCAAAGGCGUCCAGAACGAGCUGGACCGCCAACAGUACAGCUACAUCGACGCUGUGUGUUACGAGAGCACCCUGCACUGGUUUGCCAAGUACUUUCCGUACCUGGUGCUGUUCCACACGCUCAUCUUCCUGGCCUGCAGCAACUUCUGGUUCAAGUUCCCGCGCACCAGUUCCAAACUGGAGCACUUUGUGUCCAUCCUCUUAAAGUGCUUCAACUCCCCAUGGACCACCAGGGCUUUGUCUGAGACAGUCGUGGAGGAGAGAGACUCCAAACCGUUGGAGAAAAUAAACGGCGCCAUGGACCAGAAGACUUCGACUACUAGCAAGGACGUUGAGGCCAGCGUUCCCAUUCUCCAGCAAACAAGGUCCAAAAUUGAGCAAGGGAUCAUGGAUAAAAAGGAAGGAGAGCAGGCCAAGGCUCUUUUUGAGAAGGUGAAAAAGUUCAGAAUCCAUGUGGAGGAAGGAGACAUCAUUCACCGUCUUUACAUCCGUCAGACCAUCAUCAAAGUCAUCAUGUUCUUGGUGAUCAUUAGCUACGCCGGGUACUACGUCUUCUUCAUCCGCUUCAAUGUUAUGUGCGCAGUGGAGACAGAGAAGGUGACGGGAUACAGCACCUUCAUUUGCGCUCACCCGUUAGCAACACUUUUCAAAAUCUUAGCCUCCUUCUACAUCAGCCUGGUGGUGAUGUACGGCGUCAUCUCCGUCUACACGCUGUGCUGGAUGUUGAGGCGCUCCCUCACACGCUAUUCCUUCGAGUCCAUCCGUGAGGACAGCCGGUACAGCGACAUCCCUGACCUGAAGAACGAUUUUGCUUUCAUGUUGCACAUGACGGACCAGUACGACCCGCUGUACUCCAAGCGCUUUGCCGUGUUCUUGUCGGAGGUGAGCGAGAACAAGCUGCGACAGCUCAACCUCAAUAACGAGUGGACGCUGGAGAAGCUGAGGCAGCACAUCACCAAGAACCCGCAGGAGAAGCUGGAGUUGCACCUGUGCAUGCUGAGCGGCGUCCCCGAGACCGUCUUUGACCUGGUGGAGCUAGAGGGGCUCAAGCUGGAGUUCAUCCCUGACGUCACCAUCCCGCCCAUCAUCGCCAAGCUCUCCAACCUGCGAGAGUUGUGGCUCUACCACACACCCGCCAAAAUUGAGUCCGCCGCCCUGAUUUUCCUGAGGGAGAAGCUCAAGUCUCUCCACAUCAAAUUCACCGACAUCAAGGAAAUCCCACUGUGGAUCUACAGCCUCAAGAAUCUCAGCGAGUUUUACCUCACCGGCAACCUGAGCGCCGACAACAGCCGCCACAUCGUGCUUGACGGCCUGCGGGAGCUCAAACGUCUCAAAGUUCUCCGUCUGAAGAGCAACCUGUGCAAGCUGCCGCAGGUGGUGAUCGAUCUGAGUGCGCACCUACUUAAGCUCUCCGUAAACAACGACGGCACCAAGUUAACAGUGCUCAACAACGUGAAGAAGAUGGUCAACCUGAGCGAGCUGGAGCUGGUGCGCUGCGACCUGGAGCCGAUCCCAACUCCCAUCUUCAGCCUGCACAACCUGCAGGAGAUCAAUCUGAAGGACAACAACCUGAAGACCAUGGAUGACAUGAUCACCAUCCAGGAACUGCGCCGCCUGGUGUGCCUGAAGCUCUGGUACAACCAGAUCGCAUGCAUUCCCCCUUGGAUCGGCAACCUGAACAACCUGGAGAGGCUGUAUCUCAACAGGAACAAGAUUGAGGAGCUGCCCAGCCAGCUCUUUUCCUGCCUCAGGCUGCGCCUCUUGGACUUGAGCCACAACAACCUGACCAGCAUCCCGGCCAACGUGGGCUUACUCCAUAACCUGCAGUACUUCGCCGUGACAGCAAACAGAAUAGAAACGCUGCCCAUGGAGCUGUUCCAGUGCAGGAAACUGUGCACGCUCCUCCUGGGCAACAACUGCAUUGAGACUCUGUCGUCGCGCGUGGGCGAACUCAGCGGUCUGACCCAGCUGGAGCUGCGCGGCAACAACCUGGAUUGUCUCCCCGUGGAGCUGUCCCAGUGCCGGCUGCUGGAGAGGAGCGGCCUGGUGGUGGAGAACAAGCUCUUCAACACGCUGCCGCCCGAAGUCAAGGAGCAGCUCUUGGGCGUCGAAAAGGAGAGCGUGAAGAUUUCCCAGAUGAAUGAGCACUGACGCCGUCUGUGAAGGUAAGUGGAGGCCCGAAAGGAACAUUGGCGACAUUUUUUCAAAAGAUAAGACCCACUUUACCUUGAUGUGCCACCCGGGCUCUUUGCCAAGCCCACUUUUUUGUGUGUUUUGGAUCAUUUUGUUGUUGUUUUUGCAUGGAACACUGCACUGCUGUCAUGUCAGUGGACUGAACGAUGGAUCUCCAAUAAUUCAUAAUGCUCCGCACGGAUAAAGUGGUCAAAAGUGAGAACCGGUAGACACGCUGCCACGGCAAAAAAGAAGAACAAGAGAGAAAAGGGAAACGACUGUAAGAUUAGUCAUUGCCUUUGCAGCCUUGAUUAUUCACUCGCUUCAGGCUUAGCAUGCUGCUAACAUGGCCUUAAUAAUCUCUACUUAGUAUUAUUCGCUGCAGACUUUAUGUUGCGGAGGGCAGCGGUAUUGUCACCAGCUGUUUCUCUUGUUUACUAUUUUUAACGAUAAAAUUUUUGCCAUGCAAGAGUGGUGCUUUUGUGCAAGUAUGGGUCAUUGAAAUGGAAGCACGCUUGUUAAGUGACUUGCAACAAGCAGUUAAUGUACAGAGGAAAAAUUGUAUAAAUAAGUUUAACGCCACAUAAAAUUACAUUUAGUUUGAACCUUACAGCGUUUGAAUGUGGAGGUUUCUCUCUACUUCAUUUGUUUUUUUAGCUCAAAUGCUUCCAAUCAAAGUGCUCCUGUGGUCACGUGACCACGAGUCACGCUCUUCUUGCUGCUCCUCGGCCUUGACAGAAACGCAAAAAGGUCUGAGAUGGUGUCGGCUUACGGCCGCUGAACAGGAAGCAAAUGACUGGUUAAACAGCCAAGUGUGCAAAUGUGCCAAAGCCCUUAAACGCCACCAUUGCGUCGACUAUUACACGCUGCCCAUUCCUUUUACGCAAGGAAGCCAUACGUACGGUUAAAGAACACGUUCUUUUAUGGAAUUUACACUGUAAUUUAAGCUUAUAGACGACUGAACGUCAUUAUGUCCUGAUUGCCCUUUUGUACCGUUAUGGUAAUAAAACUGUACACUCCUU